GCGGGAAGCUUGCUGUCCCCAUCGCAGCUUUAUUACUGCAGACGGGCAGUACAUUUCGCCUCGCCACUGGUUUCCACCCCUCUGGUUGUUCUUCCGCCUGUACAACGAACAGUGCACCCACAACAUGGAGGUAACCGUCACAUUCAAUGAGCUGCUCAAGGCGCGGUCCGCGUCUCCAACACGGGGCGCCCUGCCAGGCCUCGACCGAAUCGACAGUUACCUCAAGGAGGCAUCGUCAAUCAACCGCGACAUUGUCAACCUGCACAGCGAACUGUCCCACAUCCGACAAGCAUACCUGUCCACAGCCGCCCCGCGCAGAACACAGCUUCGAAAAGGCACGCAGGACAAGCCGGUCUACCUGACCGAUGCGGACCGCAAUGCAGUCGACAAGAUGGCUAAGGAGUCACUACAGCGGCUCAACCUACGAAUCCGCAUCCUGGAGGAUGAGGAGGCCAAACGGCACGACGCAGCCAUGAAGGACAUCAAUCGCAGAUAUGGGCGCGGCUUACGGGCGCUGACAGGAUGGGCCGCCGGUGGUGCGCUGGGCGGGGAAGGGGACGGCGCAAAGAGCCCGGAGCACGCAGCCGCCAUCAAGCUGGAGAUGCAGCUGUUCGUGCACAAGGAGACGAUCAUUGGCUACCUCAGGGAGAGGCUGGGCUCAACGACCAAGCUACAGGGCAGCAUGAUGGAGACGAGGCUCGCGAGGGAGAUGGAGAAGAACAGGAGCAUACUGGCCAAGGCCAGAAGCUCGCAGCUGCCGCCCGCGCUGGCCAAGGAGUUUGGGUUCGACGACUCAGACGCAGGCGCAGCUCCUGGGCCAAGGUCAUCCACCACCGGCCUGCCAGUCGAUGAUGAGGAAUCAAGGAGGAGACAGGACGAGGACCUCGACCUCACGGACGAACAGAAGCAGAUGUUUGAGCGGGACAACCAGGACAUGCUCAAGCACUACAACAGCGCCCUGGACAAGGUCAAGACGGUGGAGAAGUCGAUCGUGGAGAUCGCAGAGCUGCAGCAGAUGCUGGCGGACAACCUGACGGUGCAGUCGGCGCACAUCGACCAGCUGGUGACGGACGCGGAGAGGACGGAGGAGAACGUCGGGGGCGGCAACAAGCAGCUCAAGAAGGCGUCGCAGAAGAAGUUCAGCCAGGCGCGGGUAACCUUCUACGCGGCCAGCGCCCUCUGCACGGUUCUGGUGUUGUGGGACCUGAUAAUAUAG